AUGUCUGAAAAGUACCAAAAACCAUAUCCAGGACAAGGCGGUGGUUCUGCCAAUGAAUUCUACAACUCUGGUCCUUCUCAAUACCAAGCCCCUCCUCAGCAAGCUUACCACGCUCCAGGGCAAGGCCAACAAGACAGAGGCUUUGGAGGCUACCAACAACAACAACAACAACAACCAUAUUAUCAACAACAACCAUAUUAUGGAAAUGGUCAGCCUCAAUACGGCCAACAACAACAAUAUUACGGUCAGCAGCAACCAGUGUACGUUCAACAGCAGAAACCUUCCAACAACAAUGAUACUUGCCUUGCGGUAAUGUGUGCCACUUGUGCCGCAUGCUGUUGUUUAGACAUGAUGUUUUAA